GUGCUCGCGCAGCUCCCAUUGAUUAAGCCGCUGUGGAGCGGGCACGCGGAUCUUCAGCUGGAGAGAGUCAUAUCAAGAAGAAGAAGUGGAAAGUGUGGAUCCGCCGCGACCAACAUGGAGCGCAGUGAGGGAGCACAACGAGGAGGCGGCGCUGCUCUUCUCCGCGUUUAAAUUCAGCGGUGACUCCGAGGCUUUGGUGAAGCUGCGGAGAUAAGGAGCCCCUCGCAGUUAUCACGGGACAUUUGCGCGACAAUGGCAACCCCCCAGCAUUGAGAAGCCUCAAAACAGCCAGCCUCCCUUUUGUUUCAACCAUGGACUCCUCCGGGAAUUUCACCUCAGCUAUGGAUGGGCCUGUGGACCCCAGAGGCUUCUGCGGUCGUUUGGAUCUCAGUGGCCUCUACCAACUGGGCCGGACGCUGGGCAGGGGCCACUUUGCUGUUGUGAAACUGGGCCGUCAUGUCAACACAGGGCAACUGGUGGCUGUAAAGAUGAUUGACAAGACCAAACUGGAUGUCAUGGCAACAAGUCACCUCUUACAGGAAGUCAGGUGCAUGAGGCUGGUGCAGCAUCCCAACGUGGUUUGCCUCUAUGAGGUCAUCGACACUCCCACCACGCUCUACCUAGUCAUGGAGCUGGCUGAGGGUGGCGACCUUUACGAUUACAUCCUGCGCCAUGAUGGAGGCGUUGCGGAGGGCACCGCCAAGCGUCACUUUGCCCAGAUUGUCCGCGCGGUGUCGUACUGCCACCAGCUGCACGUGGUGCACCGGGACCUGAAACCAGAAAACGUGGUGUUCUUCCCCCAGCAGGGUGCCGUGAAGCUGACAGACUUUGGCUUCAGCAAUUUAUUCCAGCCUGGGAUGAUGUUGGCUACCAGCUGUGGAUCACUGGCUUAUUCUGCUCCAGAAAUCCUGCUGGGAGAGGAGUAUGACGCUCCAGCUGUGGAUAUCUGGUCUCUUGGGGUGAUCCUGUACAUGCUGGUGUGUGGAGUCCCUCCCUUCCAGGAAACCAACGACAGCGAGACCCUGGUCAUGAUUCUGGACUGUCGCUACUCUGUCCCCGAACACGUUUCAGACAACUGCAGAGAUUUGAUCUCCAGGAUGCUGCAGAAGGAUCCGUGUCGCCGUGCGUCUCUCGGCGAGAUCGAGGCUCACCAGUGGCUGCAGGGCCUGGAUGACGCCCUCCUCAGUCCUGAGGCGCCACCACACUGGGUCACAGGGGCCAUCUCUGCCACAUCUUCCUCUCUGUGUGCCCCAGAGAGCGGGGAUCUGCUUGCUAUGAAGUCCUCGACUCAGCAGGCGUUUCCUGGGACGUGGCAGCCCAGCCUCGGCUUCAGCCUCCGUCCUGCUCCCUUUGAAGAGCCUCCUGUAGUCAAGAACGUCCCUGCACUACAGCAGAUCUUUGAGGAGGACGAGGAGGAGGAGGAGGAAAAGGAAGAGGAGGAAGACAAAGAAGAACAAGAGGGACCGAGAGAACCAGAAGGGGAGCUUGAGGAGAUCUUGGAGUGCAUGGAAGAGGUGGAAGAUUUAGGAUAUACAGAGAAGGAGGAGGAAAAGGCAGAGGAAAUGCAAAGAGGAAAUGAAGACAGCGGGUGUGUUAUUUUGGAUCAGCCAGUCAGUCAUCGGGAUGACACGCUCAGUCAAACCUCUGAAGUCACUCAGUCCUCGCCAGCUUUCAGGGUGUCUUGUCAGCUGAACAUCUCAAACAGGAAAGAGAGACAGGAUGAAGAGAUGGAACCAAACAACAACACCGGCAAACCGCCUCCGCUCCUCCCAACACCUGAAUCCUGUCAGUCCUGCAUCUCUGCGUCCUCCGCCAGCCUGAGGGAGAAAACAGAAAGGGAGGAAGAACAAAACGAAAAGAACGAGUCCACAGAAAAGUCUCGAGCCCAAAAUACACAAGGAACCCGGGACGAGUCGGGACCAAGGGCAGAGCAGGGGAAACGACAUAGCAUCAAGCUCCGAGACAGACUCUUCCAGUUCCCUCUGUGCGAGAAAGCUCUGGCCUUCAACAUACCCACACAAAACAAACCCAAGAUCCUGCCGCUGGCUCAGUACAACUGCUGCCACGUGCUGUAGCGAAUAUUGGCUUCAGAGCUGCUCUCUCUCCGGACGCACGGGCUGCUUAGCAGUCGGCAGGUGGUUGAAGCCUGAACAGAGACUUUGUAAAGUGGCACGCAGCUGAACUCUCUGCCGAGGCAAUGAGCAAAACAUCCCUCAGCAUACAAACAUGCCUGUACAGCUUCACAAACACCCACUCCCAACAGUGUGCUCAUGUAAGAAACAUUAUUUUAGUGAGAGUCACCAGUGAAAUGUACCAAGGACCCAAUUUCCAUUUGCUGCUGUGUACAGGAGCGCCCGCAGAAUAAGGAAAAUACAGUUUUUGAUUUGUAGCUUUGAGACAAAACUUUUCCAACAUGAAGGAGUCAGUAAGUGAAAGAUAAGGGCAAGAUUUAUUUUAUUACAUGAGCUUGAGAUCAUUUUGAUUGCUUGAAGGUGCCUGUGAAGAUUAAACGGAUUCAUAAUGCAGCCCAUGUUUCAUUCAGUCCUGACAGUCAGUCUGGAGCAGAUCCACUGUGCUGCAUAUUGUUUGUCAACAAGAAUACAUCAUCAGCCACCUGCCAGUUGUCUUCUCAGAUAUAUUUUAGUCUAAAUGAUAUCGAAAAACAAAAUGAAGACAUUUUUAUUUUACUACAGAAAAAACCUUUGAUACUUUUUCUUUCUUUCUGUAAUUGGGUGUAACAUAUUUGCAGUUGAUCUGUUUUUAAGACAGAAACCCAUCAAAUGUGUUUCUUUAGUUCAUUUUUUCUCAUAGUCUAAUAACAUCUUAGAAUGGAUGUUAACACAGAGACAUUUUAGUUUUCUUCACUUUUAGUUUGCUGUGGAUCCAUAGAAGAAUAUGUGAUGUUCCUGCAGGAAGAGGUUUUAACAACUGAAGUCAUAUACAACAAGUUUAUGAUGUCUUGGAAACAGCAAGGACGUAGCAACAGCUUAAAGCUAGCUAUGACUUUUCUGCUCCAGUCUCCACAAGGUGUGGCCGCCUUAAUCCCAGAGAAGUAGGUACUUUAGGUUUUUUGAUUUUUUUCAGAAAGUCUGUUUGUACUCCAACUCUGUUUAAAGAUGGAUUGUUGUGGUCUUAAUUUAGAAGUCACUGGUUCUAUAUCUGUCAUGCUGCAUUCACUGCAUUCACGAAUGUGUUGCACAUAAAUAAUUAGAUAACACUUAUUGCACUCCAGGCAGUUCUUUGCAACGUGCAGUAAUAUUGCACUAGUGAUACAUUUAUUUAUUGUACAGCCCCAGGGUGUAAUUAUUUUUUUCCCACAGCUUUUCCUCUUUGACUUCGUCCUUGUGUUAUGAAUAUUGGCGUGCAUUUAAUCUGUUGUUUUUUUACACCUAAAUUUAGUUUUAAAACAAUUUAAAACCUGAUAGAAACCAAAUACUUUAUUAUGCCCUGAUACUGUAGACUUUUAAAAGGAUGUGCUUUCUUUUUCUCAGGACUGCACUAUCCCUCUGUUGAGUUUUGGGUCUGCCCAAGGGUCAUCUUCCAGGGGCAAUAUUUUAGAUGAAAGCUUUUGCUCUUAUCUCCUUUCUAUAAUGUUGACAGACUUGGAUCAGCGAUAUGUAUUUUACACCCAAAUACAUGAAAAAAAGUGUUAAAUGUCAGGAUUGUUCUUGAUGAUUGGUAGGAAUAAAUGAGGGUGAAUUAUCUGGUAGGCGUGCUUUAAAAGUAACCAAUAAAGGAAAACUAAUUGCAGGGUUGGCGUGACUUUAAGAUGGACUGAAUGUCAACUGUCCUCCCGUCACCGUGCAUCUGCACAUGUUGUUUGUUACACUGGUUUCAAAGCUCUUAAUAUAAGCUCGUUUAAUAAAGACUGUUAUAUGACACUGUAUAUUACACGCCUGAGACUAGGGGAAACGUGAUCGGCUGCUCUCUUAUGUCCACAGUCUUAUUAACUUAAUAGCUUGUUCUGUAUAAAAGUGUUUAUGGACUCAUUAACAGGGAUGCAGGUCUCCUGUGCUUUUUGUUUUGAAAAUAUUUCCAUAAUUUUUCUUAUCUUACUGAUAUGAUUUUAUAACCUGACAAAGAUAUUAAUUGUCUGAACAGACGUGUGACUUUGCAUGUUGCUUCAGAUAUUUAUCACAAUAUACCUGCAGGUGUCUUGGGUCUGACAGAAAAGCCAUUGUUCUUGUUUAACUGUUAAUAAUAACCCACUGAAUGAUGAAUUGCACACAGUACGAACACUGUAGCCGGUAGCUUUCUGCAAGCAGUAUCUGGGGACUGGUGUAGAUUCAGGCCAUCACACAAUGACUUUUUACUCUGUAGCUGAAGAGUCCCUUUGUGUAGUAUUAUUUUACCAUAGACCUGCCCUGUUUGUGCAAUAUUUUUCCACUGUUAUGAAGAGAAACAGAAUCCACUCAAUGAACAACAUCCAGUGACUGUCACUGACGUGAUUGUUUGCUCCCGGCCUAAAAAAAGAGGAGCGCUCAUCACGUGAAAAUCCUAUUAUGACUCAUAUCUCAUCAGCCGUAAAAGCUUAAAACCCAUGCAAACGAGGGAUAAAAUUAUUUGUUCUUGCGUCCUGUCUCUCUUUAAUGUCUGCUGACCUGCAUUUUAACCUGGAUUGUGAACCUAUUUUUCUCUAUUUAUUUAUUAAAAAGGAUUAAAGCAACAUGA